UCAGCUCUCACCUCUACAGCAGAGUCCAUUACUUACACACACACACUCACACACACACACACACACACACUCUCUCUCUCACACACACACACACACACACGCAGAACUCCGCCGCGGGACGUGCACGCCGAACCCCGCGCCUCGGAAUGAGCUGUGCGCCUGCUGCAGCUCCCGUGUAGAGGAUUUACGCCUUUCUACGCCGCAUGUGUGUAGCAUAACUUUAUAGGGUUGAACUCGCGGGGAAAACAGACAGAGAGAGAGAGAGAGAGAGAGAGAGAGAGAGGAGCGCUGCUCCACCAUGAAGCUUACACUGCUGCUGCCUGGGCUUCUCCCAACUUUGUGGCUCUGCGCGCACUGUGUGAGUGGCAGCACGGAGUGUUCAUGCGGGAAGAAUCACUUCACGUGUGCGGUGAGUGUGUUUGGCGAGUGCACCUGCAUCCCGGCACAGUGGCAGUGUGAUGGAGACAACGACUGCGGAGACCACAGCGACGAGGACGGCUGCAUGCUGCCUACUUGCUCUCCUCUGGAUUUCCACUGUGAUAACGGGAAGUGUAUCCGCCGCUCGUGGGUGUGUGACGGAGACAACGACUGCGAGGAUGAUUCGGACGAGCAGGACUGCCCUCCUCGGGAGUGUGAAGAGGACGAGUUUCACUGUCAGAAUGGUUACUGCAUCCGCAGCCUGUGGCACUGUGAUGGAGACAAUGACUGUGGAGACAACAGUGAUGAGCAGUGUGACUUGAGAAAGUGUUCUGAUAAGGAGUUCCGCUGCUCCGAUGGGAGCUGUAUAGCUGAGCACUGGUACUGUGACGGAGACACAGACUGUAAAGACGGAACGGACGAGGAGAACUGCCCCGCAGACGUCAUGGCUGCUACAUGCAGUGUGGAAGAGUUCCAGUGUGCGUACGGUCGCUGCAUUCUGGACAUUUACCACUGCGACGGAGACGACGACUGCGGAGACUGGUCCGACGAAUCCGACUGCUCCUCUCACCAGCCGUGUCGUUCGGCUGAGUUCAUGUGUAACAGUGGGAUGUGCAUCAACGCUGGAUGGAGAUGUGAUGGAGAGUUUGACUGUGACGACCAAUCAGAUGAGAACAACUGCACUGUACCUGUGUGUAUGGCUGAACAGUUCCGUUGUGCGUCCGGUCGCUGUGUGCGGUUGUCAUGGAGAUGUGAUGGUGAAGAUGACUGCACUGACGGCAGCGAUGAAGAGGGCUGUGACAAAAAUGGUUCGUCUCCUUCCUGCGCGUCUGAUCAGUUCCAGUGUGGAAACGGUCGCUGCAUCGGCCAGCGCAAAGUGUGCAACGACGUCAACGACUGCGGAGACGGUACUGACGAACAUCCGCACCAGGAAUGCCGACCCCGGUCGACUGAAGGGAACUGUAACGUAGGGAAUGGCGGCUGCUCUCAGAAGUGUCAGAUGUCUCGAGGUUUGGUUCAGUGCAGCUGCCACACCGGAUACAGACUGAGAGAGGACGGCAAGACCUGCCAAGAUGUGGAUGAGUGUGCUGAGGAAGGGUACUGCAGUCAGGGCUGUACCAACACAGAGGGGGGCUUCCAGUGCUGGUGCGUUCAGGGUUACGAGCUCAGACCUGACAAACGCAGCUGCAAAGCUCUGGGUCCGGAGCCGGUGCUGUUGUUUGCGAACCGGAUCGAUAUCCGUCAGGUCCUGCCUCACCGCUCGGAGUACACGCUGCUGCUGAAUAAUCUGGAGAAUGCCAUCGCGCUUGACUUUCACCACAGCAAGGAGCUGGUGUUCUGGUCCGACGUCACGCUCGACCGCAUCAUGAAAGCCAACCUGAAUGGCAGCAACGUGGAGGAGGUGGUGUCCACCGGGCUCGAGAGUCCAGGUGGUCUGGCAAUAGACUGGAUCCAUGAUAAGCUCUACUGGACUGACUCCGGGACGUCACGCAUCGAGGUAGCCAACCUUGAUGGCUCGCACCGUAAAGUGCUGAUUUGGGAGAGUAUGGAGAAACCCCGCGCUAUUGCCCUGCACCCCAUCGAAGGGAAGAUUUACUGGACGGACUGGGGAAACACACCAAGGAUUGAGUACGCUAACAUGGACGGCUCGGGACGCAAGAUCAUCGCCGAUACCAACCUGUUCUGGCCGAACGGACUCACCAUCGAUUACGCCGGCCAUCGCAUGUACUGGGUGGACGCCAAGCACCAUGUGAUCGAGAGAGCUGACCUGGAUGGGAAAAACCGCAAAGCCGUCAUCAGCCAAGGUCUCCCGCACCCGUUCGCCAUCACGGUAUUUGAGGACAGUCUGUACUGGACCGACUGGCACACCAAGAGCAUCAACAGCGCCAAUAAAUUCACCGGCAAAAACCAGGAAAUCAUCCGCAACAAACUGCACUUCCCCAUGGACAUUCACACGCUGCACCCGCAGAGACAGCCCGCAGGUGGACGGAAUCGCUGUGGCCCUAAUAACGGCGGCUGUAGUCACCUGUGUCUCCCGAACAGCAAGGCGUAUUCGUGCGCCUGUCCCACCGGCUUCAGGAAAGUGGACCAGUACAACUGCGCCCUGAGUCUUGACAAGUUCCUGCUUUUUGCCCGAAGGACGGACAUCCGUCGAAUCAGCUUCGACACCGAGGACAAAUCAGACGACGUCGUCCCGCUGGCGGACGUCCGUAACGCCGUGGCGCUCGACUGGGACGCCAGGGAUGAAAAAAUCUACUGGACCGACGUCACCACCGAUUCCAUCAACCGCGCGCUGUGGAACGGAUCGGAACAGGAAGUUGUGGUGGACACCAGUCUGGAAAGCCCUGCUGGUCUCGCUAUUGACUGGCUCACACACAAACUCUACUGGACUGACGCAGGUACAGAUCGCAUCGAGGUGUCCAACGCGGACGGCAGCAUGCGCACGGUGCUCAUAUGGGAAAAUCUGGAUCGACCCCGAGAUAUUGUGGUGGAUCCCAUCGGAGGAUUCAUGUACUGGACAGAUUGGGGAGCGAACCCUAAAAUCGAGCGAGCCGGAAUGGACGCGUCCGAUCGCGUCGUUAUCAUCUCCACCAAUCUGACGUGGCCCAACGGAUUAGCAAUCGAUUACGAGACGCAGCGGCUUUACUGGGCCGACGCCGGCAUGAAGACCAUCGAGUUCGGCAACUUCGACGGCUCAGGAAGACAGGUGCUGAUUGGCAGCCAGCUGCCCCAUCCAUUUGGCCUCACGCUGCACGGAGAUAAGAUCUACUGGACAGACUGGCAGUCCAAGAGCAUCGAGAGUGCCGACAAACUGACCGGUUUGGGACGAAGCACGUUGGCGGACAACCUGGAGAACCUCAUGGACAUCCACAUGUUCCACAGACACAGAGAAGCAGUCCAGACCGCGUGCUCGGUGAAUAAUGGCGGCUGUAGUCAUCUGUGUUUACUGGCUCCGGCUCCUAAAGGCUCCAGCUGCGCUUGUCCAACUGGAAUAAACCUACAGGCGGACGGAAAAACCUGCACUCCAGGAAUGAACAGUUUCCUCAUCUUCGCACGGAGGACAGAUAUCCGGAUGGUGUCUCUUGACAUCCCGUAUUUUGCCGACGUGGUUCUGGCUGUCAACGGGUCCAUGAAGAACACCAUCGCCAUUGGCGUGGACCCCAGAGAGGGUAAAGUGUAUUGGUCAGACAGCACUCUGAAGAAGAUCAGCAGAGCCAACAUGAACGGCUCAGGACACGAGGACGUCAUUUCCACCGGUUUGAUGACGACCGAUGGUCUUGCCGUAGACUCGGUAGGAAGGAAGAUCUACUGGACGGAUACGGGAACGAACCGCAUCGAGGUGGCCAAUCUGAACGGCUCCAUGCGGAAAGUUCUGGUGUGGAGGAACCUGGAUAGUCCACGUGCCAUCGCUCUGUAUCACGAAAUGGGCUACAUGUACUGGACAGACUGGGGUGAACACGCCAAGCUGGAGCGAGCUGCGAUGGACGGAUCCGACCGCGUGGUUCUGAUCAAUAAUAACCUGGGCUGGCCGAACGGACUCGCCAUAGACAAGGCUGGGUCACAGCUCCUCUGGGCCGACGCCCACACAGAGCGAAUCGAAGCGGCCGAUCUGAGUGGGUCGAACCGCAAGACGCUGAUUUCUCCGGUUCAGCACCCGUACGGCCUUACGCUGCUCGGGCCGCACAUCUACUGGACCGACUGGCAGAGCCGCAGCAUCCAGAGAGCUGACAAAAACACAGGAGACAACAUCAUCACCGUCCGCUCCAACCUGCCCGGACUCAUGGACAUCCAGGCCAUGGACAGAGACAGGCCUCUGGGUUUUAACCGCUGCGGUCGGAAUAACGGCGGCUGUACCCACCUGUGUCUGCCCCGUCCGAACGGCACGUCGUGCGCUUGCCCUACAGGCAUCAUCCUGAAGAGUGAUGGCAGGUCGUGUGACGACAUUCCCGAGUCUUACCUGCUCUUCUCCAACCGCGUCAGCGUGCGGCGCAUCUCACUGGACACCAGCGACCACACGGACGUCCACGUACCCGUCCCCGAGCUGCACAAUGUCAUCUCGCUCGACUACGACAGCGUCCAGGGCAAACUGUACUACACCGACGUCUCCCUGGAUGUCAUCAGACGGGUGAAUUUGGACGGCAGCGGGAUGGAGACGGUGAUCAGUCAGGGUCUGAAGACUACAGACGGCCUGGCUGUCGACUGGGUGGCCAGAAACAUGUACUGGACCGACACGGGUCGAAACACCAUCGAGGUUUCCAGACUGGACGGAUCGGCCCGGAAAAUCCUGAUCAACAACAGCCUGGACGAGCCGAGAGCCAUCGCCGUGUUCCCCAGUAAAGGGUAUUUGUUCUGGACAGACUGGGGUCAUAUUGCUAAAAUCGAGCGCGCUAAUCUGGACGGUUCGGACCGCAAAGUUCUGAUCAACACCGAUCUCGGCUGGCCGAACGGACUCACACUCGAUUACGACACGCGUAGGAUCUUCUGGGUGGACGCCCACCUGGACCGCAUCGAAAGUUCCGACCUGAGCGGCAAACUGCGCCAAGUCCUUGUCACACCUGUAUCCCAUCCGUUUGCUCUCACUCAGCUGAAGCCGGUUUCCUCUCCUCUAAUUCGUUUCUCCCGCAUCUCGCAGCAAGACCGCUGGAUCUACUGGACAGACUGGCAAACCAAAUCAAUCCAGAGAGUGGAUAAACACACGGGCCGGAACAAGGAGACCGUCCUCGCUAACGUCGAGGGGUUAAUGGACAUUAUAGUGGUGACACCAAACCGGCAGUCUGGUACUAAUCACUGCGGAGUGAAUAACGGAGGCUGUACACACCUGUGCUUCGCCAAGUCAAACGGGUUCGUGUGCGCGUGUCCUGACGAGCCUGAUGAGCGGCCCUGCUCCACCAUUGCUGGUUAUGUUCCUGUUGUGCCGGAUAAAGUGACCGCCGGCACUCAAGCUCCUAACAAACGCGCCAAACUGCCGACAGACAAACCCCAGCAGGGCCGGCCUGCACAGAACUGCACGGAGAAGAGCGGCGCCGUGGACGGCUGCGUUCAGAGCAACGUGGUGUCCGCGCCUCAUGGUGAAGGACUUCACAUCAGCUACGUGAUCGGAGGAGCGCUGACGGUGCUGGCCAUCCUCAUCCUCAUCGCCGUCUUCAUCAUUUACAGGCACAAAAAAUCCAAGUUUGCCGACCCUGGAGUGAGCAACCUGACGUACAGUAAUCCUUCCUACCGAACAUCAACACAGGAAGUGAAAAUAGAAACCAUGCAGAAGCCGCCGAUAUACAACCAGCUCCGAUAUAAAAAAGAGCAGGAGGGCAGUUACACCAACGAGAAGAUCCGUAUAGUGGAGGGGGUGUGUCUCCUCUCAGGGGAGGAGCUUUACUGGGAGGAUCUGAAGCAGCUGAAAGUGUGUCGAGGAGCUACCUUUAAAACCUGCAUGCGCACCGACACGGUGUCCUUACAGGCCAGCUCCGCCUCCCUUCAGGCAAGCUCCGCCUCCUUGGACGACACCGAGACCGAACAGCUGCUUCAAGGCGACCAAUCAGAAUGCUCGAGUCUGAACACCGCUCCCGUCGUCACGCCCAAACGCCACAGCACGCUCCCCGACACGGGCUGGGUCCCAAAUCGCAAACCCUCCACUGAGAGCGAAGUGUGAAGCUCACUCACACCUACACACACACUCACACACUCAAAACACUCAUCUACUGGAGCCUAAACCACACACACACACACACACACACACACACACGUACACAGCACUGGCCCACCAUCCAGUAUCUUCAGUGGACGGACAACGCUGACUCUUACACCAUUGAGGUUUUUUUGUUUUGUUUUCAGAGGAAUAUGAACAGAGCUGGAUCAAAAGGACAAUUUAAGAAAAUAUUGAUAUAUCAGUAUACUGGGAACUGUGUUUUUUUUUUUUUUUUUUUUUAAACAAAGACAGAUUAUUGUGUAUGAAACGAGGCUUUUUUUUCGCAGAUGGUAAACAGCAGACGUUUUUUUUUAACAGCCACCCCUCAUCACUCAUCUUACCUUCAUGUACUUUAUUUAUCUAAAUACUGCUAAAGGCCUCACAGGACGUGGAUUAAUGGCCGCGCACAAGGACAGAGCGCUGUCGCGGUGCUUUCUGAACCUCCUGCGGGAUGCAGCACGAACGGGCUGAUGAUGGAGACGUUGCUUCUUUUUCUCAUCGUCUGUCUCUGAAUUGUAAUGUUUUACUCACUUCUUUUUUGUAAAUGUAGACAGUAUAACAUAUGUACUUGAUGGACAGUUAAAAAGGAACAGCUCAGUCAGAAAUCACACACACACACACACACACACACACACGUUCCUCGUAGCCCAGAUGUAGCCAUUCGUCCAAAACAGCGCGAGUCGUUUAUAUUUUUCUGUGCUGUUUUCUCGACAUCGCAAAUGAUUUUUUUUCUCCUGAUCUGCAGAUAACGAAACUGAUCUCCAGCCUGCUUUUAUUUUUUCUUACGACUUUUCGAAGGGUACCAAUAAUUUUGUCCAAGCUAUUUUUAGAAUGCUUUAGUAAAAUAGGUUUUUAAAAAAUGCAGAUAUUUUCAAAAAAGUUUUGUUUUUUGUUCCUGUGCAAACAGUGCAAAGGUAUAAAUAAUUUUUUUUAAACAUUUGAACAUUUUUUUGGGGGCAAAUUGUGUUUUACUGGAAUAAAAUCCAGGCAGGGGUACCAAUAUUUUUGCCCAUUUCCUCUUGUAUCAUCCGUGAUGUAGAGCGUGCACGCCUAAUAUCAUGAUAACAGCACAGAAAAAAAGAAAUAACUCCGUAAUGAUUUCCUUAGUUUAAAAAAAUAAUAAUUUAAAAUAAUAAUAAUAAUAAUAAUUUUAGUUAUAAAGCUUAUUUUUGUUCCUUAAUCCAUUAAAUAUUUCAUCAAAACGAAAGCAUUAUGACGCGCAUCAAUCACGAAAGCGUUUUUAAGUAUUGCGAUAUGAUUUUUUUUAACCGUAUCGCUCACCCCUAGUACAGAAGAUUGUAUUACUUGGAAGGUUAAAAGAAAAAAAAGCUGGAUGAUGACGAUGACGAUGAUGAUGACGAUGAUGAUGACGAUGAUGAUGACGAUGAUGAUGACGAUGA